AUGAGAGGUAAGGCAACAUCUCAAAAGAAGACGGUAACAAUCAUUCGGAUCAUCAAGACCCCUAUACGGGCUCUGCGUAAAGCCAAAGAUAUUUACAUCAAAGGCAUUACCAAAUUUAGCACAACGUAUAAACGCCCCACGAUGAUCUUUCAAGAUUCUAACCUUCCUUCGAAGCUUACCAGGGCUAAUUCUAUGGGAGUGACUAGAAAUUGUGAGUUUGAACUUGACACGUGCGUGACAGAAAAGCAAGAGGACCAACUACAACAACCAUGUGGGUUGAAGAAAGGUCUGCAGAGGAGUUACACUGUUGCGAUGGGGAGAAUCGAUGAAGAUAGAGUUUCUUCGUUCAGAGAAGACCAUAUUGUUUUCAAAAGGAAUUUGGUUGUCAAAAUUACAGCUUCAAGGCUUUCUAGGAGUGAAUCACGUCGAAUUUAG